AUGAAUAUGUUGGAUGAUGAAGAUGACCAAAGCUUUCACGCUACGCGUGACGGCUACUCCCAUUUGAGCGAUGUCGAAUGGGAUGCGGUUGAACGAAUGGGUUCGACCAUGGGCAUCCAUGCUGUUAGCGUCAUGCUAGAGGCUCUCAAUAGAGACGCCCAACAUGCUACUAUCGCCAAGUUCAUCCAAAAUGAACUUGACGCUGAACGCGAGAAAGUAGCCUUGCUUCACCAACAAGGUUCUCAACAAGCAGAGUUGUUGAGAGAACAAGGUGCUCAACAGUUUGAACUGUUGAGACAGCAGCAGGCUGCUGCUGGCGGGUCGAUGCACUCGCGUCGGCCCGAGACUUUGAAGAUUGACAUCUCAAAGUAUAGAGGGGUCGAAGAAGACUCCCUCUUGAGAUGGUUCGUCGAAUUGGAUGACGCCAUAAGGGCGCGUCGCAUCGACGACGGGGAUAUGCAAGUUGCAUUUGCCCAGUCAAAUCUGGCAGGACGUGCCAAGACUUGGGCACUGGGGCUCAAGCUGCACGACCCAUAUGCGUUUGGGUCGUUGGAAGUCUUCAAGUCGCGGCUCAGACAAACGUUUGAACCGCCUAGAGCUGAGUUCAGGGCUCGAACCGAACUCUUGAAGCUCAAGCAGGGUAAGCGUGAUGUGCACGCUUACGCUCAACACAUACGACAUCUUACGAGUUGUAUAAGUUCCAAUCCAGUGGAUGAACACACGUUGGUUUCGGUGUUCAUGCAGGGUCUUGCGGAUGGUCCCGUCAAGACUCACCUGUUCCGGCUUGAACUAGAUUCACUAGAACAAGCCAUUUCCAUUGCGGAGCAGGAAGACUUCAGUCUGAGACAGGCUCGCGCCAGCUCGACAUCAUAUCGUCUCGGUUGA